AUCUAACAAAAGCGUAGAAUCAAAGCAAACCCGAUAUACCACUACUCAUUUCUUCAUAUACACCAAAACCACUCCUCAAGCACAAUAAUCCUGGAGAGAAAAGAAAAAUACCUUUCUGUUUCUGCAGUCUUCUUUUUGACAGAGAAUGCACAUAAGAGAGGAUGAUGACAGCAUCAGCUCUCUGCGGCCUCGGGGCAUUUGCCGUCGGCUGUUUCGAUUUGUGGUGGCUAAACUAUGGAUAUUAGGAGACAAAGAGAUGAAUGAAGAUAAGCCUGAGAGGAACAAACUGAUCAAGAAGGGAUCAAUGUCUGACAUCACUAUUCAUUUCAAGCAAUUAGAAGACUCGGAGGAUAACAAUUCCCCUGCCUCGUCAAGUCCAGAAUCAGAGAGAGAGACAAUGAUUACACUAGUUAAUGGUAGUAACGGCCCAAAGAAGAGGUUACAGGAGAACGGGGAAAAGAGCAUGCUGGGUGAGCCCAGCCCUAAGCAACAAAUCACUCAGCCUGAAGCAGGGAAACCACCACAGCCUCAUAGACGCCUGGGGCCCCUACUAAAUGAUAUAAAUAAGAAAUCAGAUGCUUUUAUCGAAAGUACACUCGAGAAGAUGAGGAAAGGCUUAGCCUAGAACUAAACACAUGAGCCUCCUUCUUCUCUCGCUUUCUCUGUCGAAUAGAAGAACCAACAGACACUGGGAUGCAAGAAUUAUCUAUAUACUCAAUUCUUUUACUUUGUUUAAAUUUACCAGCUGCAUUCUUGAUAACAAAACGUAUAUGUACUCCCACUUGUAUUUUGAACAAUAAUUCAUCUCAGAACUUUAAGAUUUACAAGAAAUAUUCCUUAAGGGGCUAGUUC